CCCCGCCCCGCCCCCAGCACCGCCCCGGAGUCCUUUGGCUCAGGUGCGUCGACAUGCUGGACAUCUUCCGGGGCCUCAAGAACCUCAUCAAAGUGAGCCACAUCCACAUCGACGCGCCCGUGUUCCGCCUGCACUACACCUUCACCGUCAUGAUACUGGUGGCCUUUAGCCUCAUCGUCACCACCCGCCAGUACGUGGGCAACCCAAUUGACUGCGUGCACACCAAGGACAUUCCAGAAGACGUGCUGAACACGUACUGUUGGAUCCACUCCACGUACACCAUCAGCACGUCCUUCAAGAAGAAGCUGGGCGAGGAGGUGCCCUACCCGGGGGUGGACACGUCGGCACGCGGCGCGAGCCAGGAGGGCCGGGACCGGAAGUACUACGGCUACUACCAGUGGGUCUGCUUCUGCCUGUUUUUCCAGGCCAUUCUCUUCUACACGCCGCGAUGGCUGUGGAAGAACUGGGAGGGUGGCAAGAUCCACGCCCUUAUGAUGGACCUCGACAUCGGCAUCUGCUCCGAGGUCGAGAAGAAGCAGAAGAAGAAGUUGCUGCUCGACUACCUGUGGGAGAACCUGCGCUACCACAACUGGUGGGCGUACAGGUACUACCUGUGCGAGCUGCUGGCCUUCGGCAACGUCGUGGGUCAGAUGUUCCUCAUGGACAAGUUCUUUGACGGCGCCUUCCUCCGCUUCGGCAUCGAGGUGCUCCAGUUCAUGGAGAGCGACGAGGAGACGCGCAUCGACCCGCUCGUCUACGUCUUCCCCCGCAUGACCAAGUGCACCUUCCACAAGUUCGGCCCGUCCGGGGAGGUGGAGAGGCACGACGCCGUCUGCAUCCUGCCGCUCAACGUGGUCAACGAGAAGAUCUACGUGUUCCUCUGGUUCUGGUUCAUCGUCCUGGGCGCGCUCAGCCUGCUCACCGUCCUGUACCGCGGGCUCAUCAUCCUCAGCCCCCGGAUACGGGUGUAUCUGCUGCGCCUGCGCUACCCGCUCAUCAACAGGGACGACAUCGACGCCAUCGUGCGACGCUCCAAGAUGGGGGACUGGUUCCUGCUCUACAUGCUGGGCGAGAACGUGGACUCGGUCAUCUUCCGCGACGUGAUGCACGAGCUGGCCCAGCGGCUGGGCCACCACCACCAGCACCACCACCACCACCACCAACCGCUGGGCCCGGGCCCGCGCCACCACCCCAGCAACCUGCUGGAGACCGCAUAGCGAACGGCCCCGCGCUCCGCGUGGCGCUUGGACCGCAGUCCCAUCCAGCAGAAGGACGACACCUGCCCUUGCUGAGCAGGUGCGGCUGGUGCGGGGCAGCGGGACGGCGGCGUCCAGAGCGGUGGCGCGGGGUGGCGCGGGGCUGUGUGAAGGCCUUGGCAGGUGCCCUUGGACUGUGCCAGAUCUCAUGUAGUGGACGUGAAGUGGAGUGAAUUGCCGGUGCCGGGACCUGAGGAGGCUGCCGGCGAUGGUGCGUGGUGCAGUAGUGUGUGGACGCAUUUUGACUCGUCGAAGCAGUGCACGGUGCGAUGUGAAAAGACGGCCGCCUCCUCUUCUUCACCCGAGAGGGGGACUGCCAAGGACAUAUGCCAUUAUCACUGCCUGUCGGUUUGACUUUGUCUGCACUCCACAUUGGAAGCAAGUCAAGGAGGAGAAAAGGUGGCUCGUUUCUGCGUAGAUUGUUCCUAGUAAAUUUAAAGGAAAAGGACCAAAGAGUAAUAAUAUACGAGUCGAAGAUAGACCACGCGGUUGUCUCAUUCUUCCUUGCAUAAAGUGAAGAGGGCCUUGGCUUCAGAAUUUUUGAUUCAUCUGUUAUUAAUAAUGAUUAUUGUAGAGUAAUUUUUGUAAAUUGAUUUCUUGUACAGGUUAUUUAUAUAGUAUAUGUACGUAGAUACACUAUGUCGUUAAAAAAAACAAAAAAAACAUCAUAUUUUGUAAUAUGGGUUCUUCUACAUCCUCAAUACAUUUGUUAAGACACUGUGUGUUAAAGUCUCA